CGGUAAUAAUUCUAGCAGACGAUACAAGAGUAGUUGGCAAGAUGGCGGACGACGAUAGCAGCACGACGUCCGACGAAAGUAUCGAUAUUACUAGCGACAAAUUUGAUCCCAUUAAAGCUAUUUAUUCGAAGAAAAUACGUUUACCUUCUACGUCCGCGCCUCUUUACGAUAAUGUGUCAAUGUACGAAAGUCGUAUGAAGAAUUUGAAUCGUGUCAAAAAAUCCCAAACAGGAAGUGAUGAUGUCGCCAAAGCAAAGGAAUAUAACAAGCAACGAUUAAUCUCUAACCAAGGAUCGGCGGAGGAUGAUUCGGAAAAAGGAAAAACUAGAGGAUGUGGCAGAAAAGAAGUUUCCGAUGUUUUAACGAAAAUGCCGAAAAUUCUUGGACCAUUAGGAAUGUUAUACGAGUGUAUGGAAACGAGAAAACGUAUAAGGGUAGGUUUAUUUCGUUUUACUAUUACGUUUUCAUAUACAUUUGUAUCCAGUUCUUCUGGAUUUGGAAGUCCGGUUGGUCAAGCUGGCUAA